GCACAAUUAUUUAACUAAAUUUUUCAAAGAAAAUGGAGGAAGAAGGCAAGUUUCACUUUAAGCGAUCCAGGAUCACUCGCGAUCUUGCCGAAGGCGCCAUCGAUAUUAGUGAUAGCGGCUCUGAAGAAGGCUAUGAAACUGACAAAAUGAAUGAUCAGAGCUGUAACAAAUCUAUGAACCCAGUCAGCAACGCUGUAGGGUUGUCUGAGAUAAUUGAUCAUACAGAUUUUAAGAGACUUAGGGAAGAGGAAGAUCUCCUUCCUGAUCUUGUAGAGAGAGUUUCUCCAUUCAAACUCACUCAUACUUCUCAGAUUGAUGGGGAGAUUCAGGACUGAGACAAAACCAUCUGUGAUCUACUUGAGCAAAUUCAGGCGAAUGCCCAGCACGGGAUUGGCGGUCCUCAGGCCAAGAAGAAACAUGAUGAUAAUGCUUACCUCAGUUCAGUCGAGAAAGCAAAAAGGAAAAAUUAUGAAGCGAUGUAUGGCGACGAUAAAGAAUCUCCAAUGCUGAUAGGAGAUAUGAAAGAUAGGAUUUUGAGAGACUCUGGUGGUGAUUUUGGAGAUUUUGAUGCUGGGCUUACUGAAAAAGAUGUAGAAAAAGCUAUUGAUACUUAUUUUGAGGCUGAUUUGGAGACUAAUGAUAAUUCUUUGAUGAAAAUGAUGGACUCUUUGAAUGUUGAUUUACCUCCUAUACCCUCUUUGUCAGAUGAUGACAUAGAGGCUAUAAAUAUUAUUCAAAAGCUUCAGAAUCAAGAUAAGAAGUUAGAUUUAAUCAAAACUCUUCAAGAUGAGUCUGACCAUCUUUCUUCUUUAAUCUCUCUUCAUUCAGAAUACCUUUCAGUUAACCUUUCAAAUUUAAGUAACUCAAUAUAUCUUCAAGCUCUACAGCCAAUCGAGACCGAAUACGACUAUCUCAAAACAAAUCUUGAACAAAUGUAUUUUCGCCUUCAAACAGAACUCUGGGCUUAUAAAAUGACUGUCGAAGUCAGUGAAGUAGUUAAAUCCAAGUUUCACAUUGAUCUGCAUUACACUUAUCACGGGAAUAAUACCCAGAUGCCAAACUCAGCUAAUGACCCUCAAGUCUCCCAAAUCCCUGACUAUGCCACCUCAUGAACGAUCCAAGCUCGUCUCUUCUUUCGUGCGAUCAACACUGACCCGUACCAGUCAGAUCUUCGUAAAAUCGAAAUUUAUGAGGCACCAAAAGAGAUUCUCCCUUCUCUUCAUACGGCUGUUGAUAAGGCAGUCGGAGGCUACAAGUACGGUCAGAGUGACCUCCUAGGCUUCCUGCAGGAUCUGAAGGUGAUUCUCUGGAUGUACACUGGGGAGUAG